AUGGCAUACAAAGUCCUCCUCCUGGGUGCGACGGGCUACCUUGGCGGCACGGUCCUCACAGACCUCGAACGUGCUGGCGACUUUGAUGUCACCUGCGUUGUGCGGCCCGAGAGGGAGGCGUGUAUGAGCGGGCGACGGACAAGGUUGCUUGUGGUCUCUCACGAUGAGCUGGGCAAGAUAGAAGAUGCCUGCGCAGAGGUGGACGUCGCCAUCAACGCUGCCACUUCAGACGAUCUCCAUCUCACCAGGGCCAUCAACCGAGGCCUGGCGAGGAGGACGGGCAGGAAGGGCGUUCUGGUUCAUAUCUCGGGCACGCAGCUGAUCGAGUCGGCACCGACGGGCAGGCUGGAGGACGUGCCCAAGUAUGACGACCUGGACGUCGAGCAGAUCAAGUCUAUACCUGACACUGCGCUGCACCGGCUGAUUGACCUCGAGGUCAGCAGGGCCGACCUGGCAGAUGAGAUCACCGCAUCCAUCAUCUGCCCAGGCGUCAUCUUCGGGCGCGGGUCAGGCCCGCUCAAGACCAUCUCGUCCCCGUUCCCCAACCUCGUCCGCCUGGCGCUGCGGAACAGGCGCGUCACCUACGCCGGCGAGGGCACCAACAUCUGGGCACACGUCCAGGCCCAGGACGUCUCGGACUUGAUCAUACGGUCUAUCAGGCACAACCUUGGUGCUGCUGGUGCAAAACCCGCUGGGUUCGAGAGGUUCUACUUCGCUGAGAAUGGCGAGCACCAGAAGCUCGACCUCUGCACCAAGAUGGCCUCGGUCCUCCAUGCCAACGGCGCCGCCGUCGAGGCUGCCACGCCCGUGUCGGUGUCGCCGGACAGCCCUCGGGCGCCGAGCUGGGCUAACAGAACCACGGCGCGGUGCUGGGCCAACCGGGCGAGGCGGGAGCUUGGCUGGCGGCCCGCUGUGCUUCUUGAGGAUGUGCUUGAGGCCGAGGUGCUGGAUAUUCUAUCGGCGGUGAGGGACGAGGUGUGAUAACUUGUGCUUCGUAUUCUUGAUGGGACCCCCAAUGCUGUAUAAGCAAGGGAAGGGCUCGUGUACGACAAUAUGAAAAUGUACAAUGUACUAUGUAAGAAC